AUACUUCCGGUUAUUUAGGCGUAACAGUUUAUGUUGAUCAGAUGAGCCCUGUGACUAAUGUAUGCUGACGCUAGUGAAUGGAUGAAUGGCCUCCCCACCUCACAUCCAGCCUCUGAACUUGGAGGCAGCAUCUUUAGUACAACAUGCAGGUCAGAUCCAGGUACAGCUGCCAUCAGCUGGUCAGCAUCCUCCCUUAGCAACUGCUGUGUCCACUCCGUCACCAACAGCCCGGUCUGUCACCAGUCCAGAGGGCAUUGAUUGCUAUGGCAACGAAAGACAAGCUCUGAGUGACCAGGGAAAAUUCUUCAACAAUUCUCUUCUAAGCGAUGUUAUUCUUGUAGUCGGAGGAAACCGCUUUUACGCCCAUAAGUUGAUUUUGGUGCGGUCCAGUGAUGUGUUUGAGAGAAUGCUCAGUGACCAAUGGAAGGACUCGCAGGAAAAAGAACUAGAACUAGUGGAGGACCAGAUAUGUGUGAGUAUGUUUCCACGCUUCCUCACAUUCCUGUACAGCUGUCACAUUCGACUAAACAUGGAGAGCACGCUGCCAGUUCUGGUCCUUGCUGACAAGUACAAUGUGAAGGACUUGCAGGAGGUUUGUAUCAACUUUGCCUGCACCUGUAUCAUACCCAAACUACAGCUCAAGGACGUGUUUCAUGUGUGGUUUCAGUAUGCCACAAAGUGCUACCACCAACGACUCAUUCGUUCCUGUGUAACUGCACUUUCGGAAAAAAUGGAUGACAUCAUUGCUUCAGUCGAGUGGGAGAGGGAAUGGGGUCAACUUGAUAAAGAACAACUCAUUGAAUUCUUGAAAAGUUCAUCCCUUUCCAUCAAAGAUGAGUUUGAAUUAUGGAAUGCCACAUUGAAAUGGCUCAAUUCUUCACAGCAUCCAAAACGUCUCAUGCAGUGUCUCAAAAUAGUUGUAGAAUAUAUUCGGUUUCCGAUGAUGACGCCAGAACAGUUGACUGAAAUUGAAGCUUCGGAUAUUGUAACGAAGAACAAAAGUCUGUUUCAACAACAUUUCAUGACUGCAUACAAAUAUCAUGCCCUGCCAUUAACCCAGAGGUCUCUGGUUAAAGAGUUUCAUGGACCUUGCUUCCUGCUACGUAACUACACAGACUUGAGAUGGGACAAGCGCUUUGUUGUGCCUAUGUUUUCGGCAAUACCUAGAGGGGCAGAGGUGAGUUUCCGCUUCACGACACGAUCAUCCACUUUCCCCCCUCAGACCUGGGAAUGGGAACUCAAGGUAUACCCCAAAGGCUACUCGUCUACCGCUGAGGACUUUCGCUGUGUGAUCUACUCAAAUCUCAUCCUUGACCAGCCUCGGCCUGUGGAGUAUUUGCUCUCCGUUGUAAGUAAGUCGGAACUUAUACACACAGUAUCUGGAAAAAAGAAUUUCUCGAAGACAAGGUACACGGCCGACACCGAGAUGGACAAGAAAAUUACUGUCGUCGAGCUCAACGAGUUGAACUCUCCUCUGUUGGUUGAUAAUACAUUGGUUCUACAGAUCACGCUCAAACCUGUGGAGUAGUCAUAGCAACCAUCUAGGAGGACUUACAUACAAAUAACGAAGUUAACAGGGAACACUUUUCAAUGAAUCUCUGUCUAAACUGCACAAUCUGAGGACAAAAUUACCUGUACUGUAAUGUAUAAACAUACAGGAAAUAGAAAUCUACUACAGUGAAAACUGUCUAAACAAAACAGCCAUUUUGGAAUGGGGACCAAAUGUAAUUUGUCAGAUGAAAAAUAAGUAUUUACAAAUUCCUUAUACACCCAUGCAUAGCUUCGUGUCCCUGAUAGAAUGGCAUGAAGUUUUUAAUUCAUUUAUUGUAAUUUUUUAUUUUUUUUUAUUUUUUUUAACUCAUUCAUUCCUGA